AUGGCAUCUAAUUUAUCAAUAGAAUUUCUGGCAAAUGCUUUAAUGAAUAGCCUUGAUCGUGGGAAGAUCUUUCCACCUCAGUUGAACAAUCCUGAAGAAUUAUUAUCAGCUCAUUGUAAUCGAAUUAGUCCUCCUACGCGACCCCCUAACGGGUUUCUUUUAUGUAGAAAAAACGUUCAUUUCGAAGCAAAACAACAAGGACAUUGUAAUAUGCGUGUGAUUUCCAAAGUGACUGGUAUCCUUUGGAGAACUGCAUCUGCUGAGGAGAAAGAGAUUUAUGAACAAUUAGCACAAGCAGUUAACAUGGUUUAUGCACAACGGUAUCAUCCCGACAGUAAUAGUUAUUACAUGCGAAACAUGCAAAACCCUUAUGUGCCAAUGUGUUUUCCUCCACCUCAACUUGUUGAUUGUUCUGCUAAUGUUACCACCUAUCCGGAUUCGGGCGUAUCCAUGUUUGUUAAUAUGCAACCAGAAUAUCUUCCGUAUGGAUGCGAGAUGAGUGGAAACCUGGGAUUGAUUUCAGUUUAUUAUGCUCAACCGAGGACUCAAUGA